AACCAGGUAAAGAGAAAAAAAGAAAAAACAUACAACAGCCGGUGUUCGCUGAUGGUCACCCACUCAACUACUAAUCUGCCUCUCAUUGGCUUGACUCUGGGAGAGCAGACGGGAUCCCGUAUUUUCCAAUGGAUAUGGUCGUAUGUGCUUGAAACUACACAAAGAUCAUCUAUAUAG